AUGAUAUGUAAAGCACCCUCGAGCACCCAUCCAGAGAGAAAACGGGAGAAAGAGAAGGAAAAAAAGGAUGCUACUCAUCCAUUUACCAACAAAACUCACGUUCAAAACACCCAAAAACCCUCGCCCCUUUUUCCCCUCGCCCAAAACAGCAAAACUCAUCCCUCCGGGCAACAAUCGACGCAUCCCUUUCAUAGCCUCAACCUCGAUCAUCCUUCUCGUUUCCGGCGACGCAGCCGCACCGUCCUUGACUCCGGCAACGACGGUCUCCAUUCUCAUAUCGGCCCCUCCCUCUUCAUCGCGGCCCUUUCCCGUCGUCCCACUGGUGAAAGGAGGCCCUCGAUCUCAGUUAGGUUUCUCGUCUCCAGCAACGACGCCUUACCCUCUCUUUCUCGAUCUCAGGAAUAG